UCCAGUCGAACCUUUUGCAUCGGCGACGAAGAUCACACUUUGGGAAACGCGGUACGGCACGUCUUGAUCCGGAACAACAGUAUCGGAUUCGCCGGAUACUCGGUACCUCAUCCCUCCGAGCCCGUGGUACAGAUUAGGGUCCAGACUGUGGCGCCCGCGGGCAGUCGGGGGCAACAACCUCCGACGGCAACGGGCGCGCUCAAGACAGCCUGCCAAACCCUGUACGAUCAAUGCGAUAUCGUUCUGGAAAGGCUGGAAGAGCUGAUU